AAGCGGAAGUCCCUAUCAGUAGCACGCGCUCCUGGGUGUUCAGCCUCACGCGGUAAACAGUUUGGAUCUAGACUCGCUGCCUUACUUCCCUCUUUUAAACCGACAGGGACAGAGACUGCGCCGGGCCUGGCCAGGCGGAGCCAUGGCGGACCGGGGACAGAGACGCCAGCGGCCGAAGGGCAGCGGGUCCGCCGCGGCGGCUCAUCCGAGGAGGACACGCAGGAUACCCGCAUCACGACCACGACAGCCGAGCUCAGAGCCCCACGCUGUCCGCGUCUGAACUUCCCACGUCUGCGGCUCUUGUCACGGCUGACCUUUUUAACUUUUCACCGAAAGGCUACGUGCUAAUCUGGAUGGGAUCAUAGCGAAGAGUUUGUUUAGCCUCACGGACGGACGCCUGCCCCGGCGAACAUACCAGCUGCCUCGGGCGGAAGUCUGGCGCUCCGUGACCGUCCCGCAGUCAUUUCAUAAGCGAGUCAGCAGGGAGGCAAAGCAUGGGGGCAAAGCAGAGCAGUCCCACUGCCAACCCAGCUGCUAACGGACGGACCAGAGCCUACUCUGGCUCGGACCUGCCCUCCUCCACGUCCGGGACCAGCAGCAGCAGCACCGCUGGGCGCAACCCCGCCGUGGGUGUGCGGUACCACGCGCCCAGGGCUUCCGGUGCUGGGUCCAGCACUAGCCAGCCUCACGGAGCCACUGUCCGGACUUUGGGGGGGUUUGUCGAUUUGAGACCCCAGUCCGGCAUCAAUAUCCCAAACAGCGGCGGAGCCCCCAGCUCACCGGAGUCCGGCGGCAGCAGCCCGGAGGAGGCGGCGGGCGGGGAGCGCUCGGAUGGGGCCGGUCCUCCGCUGCUGAUUGGAUCCCUACCAGCACACCUCUCGCCCCGUCUGUUCGGAGGGGUCAAGUGCCCGGUGUGCUCCAAGUAUGUGUCGUCAGAAGAGAUGGAGCUCCACCUGGUUCUGUGUUUGACCAAACCCAGAGUCACGUACAAUGAAGAUGUCCUGACGAAGGAUGCAGGAGAGUGUGCCAUCUGCCUGGAGGAGCUCCUGCAGGGAGACACUAUUGCCCGCCUGCCCUGCCUUUGCAUUUACCAUAAGAGCUGCAUCGACGAGUGGUUUGAAGUGAACAGAUCUUGCCCGGAGCACCCGUCAGACUGAAGCUUUGUUUGCACAGCAACUCGACCUGGAGACCAACCUCCAACGUAAAAUGUGAAUCCUGGGAGACGGAUGGACACUGAGACCACUGUGACACCCCCUCCCCUCAGCAAUGUAGACUACAGAGUGCCAAAUCUCAUUGAAGCACUCUUCAGGGAUUCAAACUUUGCUUUUACAUCUGAGUUGCACAUCCUUUAAAUGAACUCCACCCUGUAUCCAUCCCAACCCUGAAAGUUGCAGCUUCAUGGGGGGGGGGUUCCUCCUCAGCCAGGUUGGAGGAGAUGGUUGUGAUCUCUUCCCCCCCCCCCCCCCCCCCCCCCCAUCUUCUGGUUUCUCCCAGUGCCUUGUUAUAGUGAUGGCCAAGAGUCAACAGUGGUGGCUGCCGUAGCACUCCACCGGAACUACUAUCUAACCCAAAAGACCAGCCAGAUUCUUUGCGUGUCUGUUGGUCAGUGCUGUGUAAAUGUGGUGGUGCUGGUGGGUCAGUAUGUCUAUUGUGUCUGUGUUAGCUUGUAUACUUGUAUGUCAGUUUGCAUUUGAAUCAGUUAGUUCAAAAGGGGCCCAAGUCCAAGAGGUUUUUUUUCAGGAAAUGGUUUAGCUUAUAGGGAGGCUACACCAAAUGAUUAAUACUUUACCCAGA